AUGUUCUCCAAUCUCGCCCUCGCAACUUUCCUGGCUGCGGCCGUGGUUCAGGGUCAGCAGGUUGGCACACAACAAAAGGAAACCCAUCCAUCUAUGACUUGGCAAAAAUGUACUGGCACUGGUGGAACUUCAUGCACAACCCAGAAUGGCAAAGUUGUGAUCGAUUCUAAUUGGAGAUGGCUGCAUGACAAAACAGCAAAUAGCUAUACUAAUUGCUACACCGGAAAUACUUGGGACUCAACGCUAUGCCCAGACAACAAGAAGUGCGCCCAAAAUUGUGCUCUCGAGGGUGCUGAUUACAAGGCGACAUAUGGAGCUGAAGCAAGCGGAAAUUCGUUGAAACUUGCGUUGGUUACAAAGGGAACAUACGCUACCAACAUUGGAUCCCGUUUGUAUCUUAUGGAUACCGACACCUCGUAUGCACAAUUCAAGUUGUUGAACAGCGAAUUCACAUUCGACGUCGAUGUUUCCAAUCUUCCAUGCGGUCUCAACGGCGCGCUCUACUUCGUUUCUAUGGACGCCGAUGGUGGAAUGAAGAAGUACCCGAACAACAAGGCCGGUGCUAAAUAUGGUACGGGAUACUGCGAUGCUCAAUGCCCACGUGAUCUCAAGUUCAUCAACGGAGAGGCGAACGUCGAUGGCUGGAAAGCUUCGAGCAAUGAUGCCAAUGCUGGCGUCGGUGGGAAGGGAUCGUGCUGCGCGGAGAUGGACAUCUGGGAAGCCAACUCCAUCUCAACUGCAUACACACCACACUCCUGCAAAACUGUUGCGCAGACCGCAUGUUCCGGAGACGAUUGCGGUGGAACCUAUUCCGAGACCAGAUAUGCAGGUAUCUGCGAUCCCGACGGAUGCGAUUUCAACUCCUACAGAAUGGGCGACAAGACCUUCUACGGCAAAGGUCUCACCGUCGACACCUCGAAGAAAUUUACCGUCGUCACGCAAUUCAUCGGUAGUCCUCUUACUGAAAUCAAGCGCUUCUACGUCCAAAAUGGAGUUGUCAUUCCUAACUCGCAAUCUAAAAUCGAUGGCGUCACUGGCAACUCCGUUACACCAGCAUUCUGUGAUGCUCAGAAGGCUGCGUUUGGCGACAACUACUCUUUCAAGGCUCAAGGUGGAUUCCCAUCUAUGUCUUCGGCGUUGAACACUGGAAUGACUCUCGUCAUGAGUAUUUGGGAUGAUCAUUAUGCCAAUAUGCUUUGGCUUGAUUCGACUUACCCAACCACCGCCACGACUCCAGGUAGUGAGCGAGGUACCUGCGAUAUUAAUAGUGGUGUUCCCGCUGAUGUCGAGAGUGCUGCUUCGGGCGCUAGUGUUAUUUACUCGAAUAUCAAGUUUGGUCCGAUUGGAAGCACGUUCAAGCAACCUGCUGGAACUUAA